AUGCCAUCGAGCAGCUUGUCUACAGUUCUCCGAAAGAGAAACAGACAAUGGUCGAGAGCAUCAAAGUCGUCAAAAGCCAUUCUUUCAACCAGCAAGAGGGACCCCGGAUCCACAAACACCGCGCAGGAGAAACGAAAUCCUAGCCGGGCCCAGCGAUCCGCCUUUCGUGACGAGCUGAUCAAGCUCAGCAACGCUGUCCAUCUAGAACAGCUGUACACCCUCUGGUGCCCGAUUAUGGGCUGGUGCGAAGCCAUUACCCUCCAAGCCGCGCCACUAUUCCCGCAAAUUCAGGGCCAAGCGACAAUAAACACUAUCUUCGGCAAGGAGCGGCCGGCCGAGUUGUUCUCGGCCACGAACGGCAUUUUGAUCUCGAACUUUAUCCGGAGGUAUCUUGAUGCUGGGAAGAUCGUUAUCGUGCCGGACGUGCCGGACCGUCCAUGCCGCUUCGAGUUCCUGCGCUGGAUGUGGGGAGGCCCGGCCGGGGAGUUUAAGCUUCGAAUCAUCGAUCCCGAAUGGGACCAGCUGGACAAGGCAGUCACGGUGUUUUUCGACGUCAAGUGGCGGGACCUUGACGGGAGGCGGUUGGUCUUUCGGAGUGAUUUUCGACCGGAGGUGCGGUACCUCUAUUUCCACUAUUGUUGCCAGAUUAUGCGACGUGCCUGUGAGGUUAAGAGGAAUGGGAGCGGGGGUGGAUAUGAGGAUCUGAAGGACGAAGUUGGUCGGCCUUUUUGGGAGGGUAGUGGCAGAUAUCUGCCGAAGAACAUGUUGUUGGCGUUGGCGGAGGAGGAGGGCCAUGGCCAUGAUGCCAAAGAUGUGCUGCUGCAAGGGGCAGCAUGUGGCAGGGGCCGUGAUAGGGAACUGCUGGAUGCAUGCUUAGCUUCUAUUGAAAGGGCGGGAGACUUCGAGGAUACCGGAUGGGAAGAAAGUGAUAAUGAAGAAGAAGAAGACGAUGAUGAGGAGGAAAUUGAUGAGGAUGGCUCUUCAACGGCAGACGAUGGAGAAUCGGCCCUGGCCUGA